AAAUGCCGCUUUCUACCCCCUAAGGCGUGUUCCUGAAUCUCCCUCCGGGUGUUUAUCAACGACCUUACAUUCAGAGCAAGUGAAACCUCUUCUUUCAAAGAGAUAAAAGUCACAUGAGACAUGACAGUGGUCAAGCUUUCUUCAUGACUGCCUGCUGAUACACAAACAUCAGGGGCCACUUUCAAGAAAGGCAACUCUAGUGGAAAAACUGCCUGCGAUUUCAUGCUGUGUGCUUUAUGGCUUCCGUUUUUUGUUUCCUGUCCAGUAAAAUGGGCUGUUGGAACUGUCUGAGUCGUGAGGAGGAAGGAUUUUAUCAAGAAGACCGUGGUAUUCCCUUCCAAGUGGAAAACCUUAAUGGCCUGAAGCACAGCAGAGCCCUUUAAAAAUAAAUGCAUUGAUUUGGUGCACUGUGGGACCUAGCCUCAUUUUUUCAUCUGGUGCAUGUAGUUAAAUCACCAUUUCGCAGAAAGACAUUUGGCCACCUGAGGCAAAGAACCAAAGUGCAAAAUGGCAGGACAAAGUUGCAGAAAGCUAGAUACAACCUCAUUGCAAGUACAGAGGAGUUGAAAUGUUAUUGUCUGGAUUCCACAACUCUUUGGGCUUGUCUACAUGGGCAUGAAAACCCAGAUUCACCUUAAGUUGGCUCCUGGCCGUCCUCACAACAUUGCUGAACAUCUGGCAAUAGAAUUUCCUUCAUUGAAGUUUUAGACCUGGAUCUUCAAUUGGACAUUUCACAUCAUCACCAGCAUGAAAAUUCUUUUGGUACUGUUCCUCUGCACUUUGCUUCCAACUUUAGGUGCCUUCCUGGAAUGUGAAACUUGUUUUGCCACCAGCAGUAAUUGUACCGGUGGACGGGAGUUGUGUGAAGAUGGUGAAAACACCUGUGCUAUUGGUAUAACCGAAAAAUCACAAGGUGGAAAAAUAGAGUUCACUGUAGAAAAGGGAUGCCAUUCCUCUGAGAACUGCACAUCUAGAUGGAUACUGGUCACCUUUGGCCAAGGAGAAUUCAUCAGGAAGGGUGCCAACUGUUGCAUGGAGGAAAACUGCAGUGCAGCCUUUUCUCAUUUGCCACCAGUCAACACCACAGCCAAUGGAAAGCGCUGUCCAGCCUGCUAUUCUUUGUCAAAGCCCUGUCCGCCAGCAGUAGUAAAUUGCACUGGAUCUGAGAACUACUGCCUGGAUUUGACGACAUAUACAUUACAUACUGAAAAGAGGAUAUACCUGAAGGGCUGCACAACAGAAUCUACCUGUGCUGGAUUACAAAAUGGGAUGUGGAACAUUGUUGAUACUGAUGAUAAAAAAGUUGACUGUAGACCAGCCAGUCAAAGUUCUGCAUCAUCUGGAUCACUCCUCUUUUCUAUCUUUGGAUUCCUGCUAUUCAUAGUGCUCUUAUAACCCGUUUUUUUUCAUGGGACACUGCACUGAAGAUCAUUCCCUUCUCAUUUCCAAAAAGGAGAUCAAUUCCUAUGUAGGCCAUAAUUUUCAUUUCUCGUGGACAUCUCCCUACAGGAUCAGCCCUGGUCAACGCCCUUGGCUUUAUUUUUUAUUUUUUUAUUAAAUAAUUUUUAUUGCAAACAUUUA